GAUUUCUGCGAUGCGAUGAGAAGGCUUGAUGCGGCGCAAAUUGAAGAUUUUUAAUUAUUUAUUUUAAUACUUCAAGAAUUUACCGUCUUAUUCAUCUCAGUUAAGGUAAGGGCGUAAGUUAACCCUACGGAAGUUAUGAAAAGUGAUUAUUUAUUAUGUUCAUAUAUAUUUCUCCUAUAUCACAGCCAUGUUGAAGUAGUGUUGAUUUUAAUAAGUUUACGUCGGUAUAACGUUUACUAGAAAGUUAAAGUUCACUAGUACGUGUGACCAGACACGAGUUUCGUUUGUGUUGUGUUAAUAAAGUUGAAAAGUCUUUACAAAAUGAAAAGUGAUCGAAAGUGCUACCGAUUCAGGCGUCGAGGCGUCACCUUCAAGAAAUGGAUUCUGAAGAUUCUCGGGAUGCAACUGGAGAUGCUCAGUCAACAUCAAGCAGUAGUAGCUCCAGUUCCAGGAGCAGGAGAAGUUCAUCUUCAGAUAGUUCUAAGAAAGAUCCUAAAUCCCCACCCAGGUCCCCUCCAUCACCAAGAUCCAAUGGGCCUAAAUCUCCCUCUCCAGACAGCCGCUCUCAAACAUCUCAAAGAUCUGCUCCCAAGGGUAAACCUCCAUUAUCUCCGGAUAAUUUGAGUGAAGCUCAUUCAGAUAUAAAUUCACCUGAAAAUUCAAUGCCUGCUUCACCAGUUGGUCCCAAAUCUCCUGAUGGUCCAAAAUCACCUAGUGAGUUAGGCUCAAAUAUUGGUUCUCCAGAACAACCUGAACAGUAUUCGUCAGCCCCACCUUCAGGUGGAGAGGGCCCUAAAACCCCACACUCUCCAGGUAGUUCUCUCAAAUCCCCACCAGCCUCACCGUCAAACAGGUCUCAACCAGUUUCCCCAGACUCUGCAUCCCAAGUCACCUUGCCAAGAAAUCGUGAACCAAGGUCACCAACUGCUAGUCCAUCUCCCGACAGAGCUUCUUUUCAGUCCUCACCUCCUAGAUCACCAAUUAAAAAGAAUGAUUGGAGUCCUAAAGAAAAAUGGCGAAGGCAUACUAAGGCUGAACAAAAAAUGGUGUCCAUACCUAGAAAUCGGAGUAGAUCUGAAUCAAGUCAGUCUAGUAGAAGCUCGUCAUAUAAUAAAAGGCCUAGUAAUAAAGAUCCAGCAACUGAAGCUAUUUCUGAUGGUGAAAUGGAAUCAGAUCAGGAAGAUGGUAAGUUUCGAAAUAAAUCAGCAGCAAGCGAUAAACAGGACAAGGACCAUAACAUCAGUCAUGAAGAUUUAUCUGAUGUUUCUGAUGAUUCUGAUGCACCAGACAAUACAGACAAAGAAGCUAAGAGUAAAUCAAAACCUCAAUCGCCGGAUAAGAAAAUUGAAAUUGUCAAUGGUAAUGACAUAACCAGUUCACAUCCAUCACCUAAAUCUGACAAUGGGAAAGGUGAUGCUCCUAAAUUAGAAAAAGUGCCUCAAGAAAAAACGAGCAACACAGAAGAUGGGGAGGAACAAUUGGACUUUGAGGCGGAAGAAGGUGAAUGUAUUGAGCCCACUAAAACUAAAGACCAGUCAAAUGGAGAGAUUGAGACACAGGGAGGUGAAAAAGAGGACGUGACAGCUAUCCGUCGUUCCCGUGGCUCAUCACUGGAAGAAGGUGAGGUGUCUGACGAGGCAGAGAGAAGGCCUGAAGAGAGCGAGCCUAGACCUGUAUGCCGGUUCUUCUCUAGGGGAGCCUGUACUUGGGGUGUUAGUUGCAGGUUUCUGCACCCGGGCGUGACGGACAAGGGUAACUACAACAUGUUCGAUGUGGUGCGCGGCGUGCCGGCCGCCGGCGCCUUCCCCGCGCCGCGCGACUCCGCGCCGCCCGAGUCCGCCUGGGAGCGCGGCCUGCGCACCGCUAAGGAGAUGCUUAGGAUAGCAAACAAACGUAAAGAGCAAGACAUGGAUUUCGAGGAAAAGAAACUCCAUCUAUCAGUGGGCGGGGUGGUUCACGACCCAGACGCGGAGCUCGCGUACGCGGCCGCGGCCGUCGGCGCCUCGCCGCCGCGCGACCUGCCGCCCGCGCAUCGCGACCCCGACGUGUACAGGCCUGGGCCUUACGGUGGCGCGAUGUAUCGCGGUGGGCGGUUCCCGCGGCCACCAAUAGACGAGCGCGAACGUUACUACGAACGCGAGCGCGGUUACGAUCGCGAGCGCCCGUUUGAACGUCCACCGUACUACGACGAACACAUGCCUGCUCCUGAAGAAGUACCCUACCACAAGAGGCGUGUUCGUUCAUCUCGUGAGGUGAUAGUCCAACGUGCAGAAGUGGAACGACGUGAGGCUCGAGAGGGUCGCGAGGGCCGUGUGAGGGAGGUACGGGAGGGCCGCGAGGUACGAGAGGGCCGUGAGGGUCGCGAAGGCCGCGGGGACGAGUGGGCCGAUCCCUGGAUGCGGGCCGAACCCGCCGCUCGACGACGAAAACCACAAUCUUCUGAGGAUUCAUAUUCAUCCUCUAGCUCUUCAAAUUCCAGCUCGCGUAGUACAGGCAGCCCCGGGGCGAGGCGAAAGCGACGGGCGUCGUCGUCUUCACGCCAGAGGUUGUCACCGUCGGUGAUCGUUCGCGAGCGUCGGUUGGCGACUGCUCGCGCGACCGCCAUGAACCCUCCGGCGCCACGUAGACGUGCGCCCUCGCCGGCCGCCGCGCGACAGCUGAGCGCGAUCAACCCACCCCCGCCUGCACCGCAUCGACACAAGGAUGAAGUGGAUCCAUAUGGACGCAGCAAAGUGUCGAGCCGCAGUAGAAAUAGGAAAAAAUACUCAAGAUCUUCAUCAUCAGGUUCAGAAUCGUCAUCAUCCUCGAGCGAGUCGGAGAGCGAGUCGCGAUCAUCCUCAUCGUCGGGCAGCUCGGGGGCGCGUCGCGCGAGGCACGCCCGCCUGCUCAACGCCGCCGCGAGGCCGCGGAUAAAUGCAAAAUCAAAUGCCGGCCUUGCAGCCGCUGUAUCAACUGCCACUAGUAAAAAGGAAGCGUCAAUUGAGAAAGAAGUUAUAAAUAAGAAACGAACAGCGAGUUCGCCAGUUGGCGGAGCGGCGCCCGCUAAGAAAUCAGUCUCCAGGCGAGAGGAACUCCUCAAACAACUGAAGGCGGUCGAGGACGCCAUAGCCAGGAAGCGGUCCAAGAUAUAGGGAUAGGAGAUGUCUAGAUAUUACACCAUUUGUAAUAUGCCGUUCGGGCUGAUUGGUGAUACUGCCUGCAUUUACAGAUAGUAUAGGUCGCACCAAACUUGAUGGCCGAUCGAAAUGUAAGGUGUAUUUUAUUCCAUGCUAAAUCUCUUAAAUGAAGGGAAUAUCCUGUAACCAUGACGUCUGCCUUAGAAAGGGGACAGUGACAUCACUGCCCAUAUUAUAACUGCGAAAGUGUAUUUGUUUGUUGGUUAUGUUAAGUUGUCCUUCAAUCACGUUGCAAUGAAGCAACAGAUCGAUGUGAUUUUUGCAUGGGUAUAGUUACAAGACCUGGAGAGUGACAUAGGCUACUUACUUUUUAUCCCGGAAAAUCGAAGAGUUCCCACGGAAUUUAAAAAAAAAAAUAUUUUCGCCUUCGCCACGGGCAUCACCUAGUAUAUAGUAUUUUUUGUCUGAAGUCAAGAAGGUUUCUCGGGAAAUACGCCGAAGAGCAAGUGCCCUCGCGUUUCACCCCAUAACCGUAGUAUAUAAUUUUUUGUCUGGAGUCAAGAAGGUUUCUCGGGAAAUACGCCGAAGAGCAAGUGCCCUCGCGUUUCGCCCCAUAACCGCGAGAUUGGUGUGGCCUUAGGAGGUGGUGGGUUUUCAUGCAGGUCGUUCAAAGCGGUCCUCAAGUUUGGUGCGACUAUAACACAUUAUCCUCAUUAAUUAAAAUAAUAAAUGUCAAGUUACAACUUCGCUUUAGUGUUCAUUUAAAGCACAUAAUGGUACUGAUUCUGAUUGUAACUAAAUUUUACAGUAUUCCCAUCUUUUGCUUACCAAUAUAGUAUGAAAAAAAAACCUAAUUUAAUGUAGAACUAUCAAACCGUAACUUUAGAUCCCAAUCGUGAGCCUAUUUUUUAAAUUUGUAGAGUGCACUAAAAUUCAAAAUUGAUUUGCCGGCCUUUUUAGGCAAUAUUAAAAAGAAAAAAAUGCAGAUACUACAAAUUUAGUUUAGAGAAAAACAUCAGAAUCGACGCCAACGUGACUAAUUCUGCUGUAUACUGUCUAAACUAAAAUGACAGGUCUAAAAGUAGUGCUUUCCUUUUCACAAUGUUCCCACCGGAAAAAAAUAACACUACUUUUAGACGUACGUGCAAAGCUCAUGUUUUGUAUGAUUUGAGUACAACCAAGAAUCACCAAUGUAUCCAAAAAAACAUUCCUAUUUAAAACACUUAAAAAUCGCGUAGCAUAAGUAGGCCUGAAGGAAUGCAAAUGCGAAGCUGUAACAUUUUUAUUCAAUAUAAAUAAAAGUUGUAUCUUUUAUUAAUUGUCAUAGUAAUUUUUUUUUUUUAUCUAAAUGUGUACUACUUACAUUGCGGUAGGGUUGCCAUUUGUAAUUUUUUUGAAAAUCAUACUUUGAAGGUGUACGUACCUACAUGGAAAAUUCGAUCGAGUCACAAAACUUUGUCAUUAUUUAUUCGUAUUGUUUACAUCUAUAGACAAAGGUACAUUUUUAAUGGUUUUUAAGAACUCUAAAAUCAAAUGUGUUCGGUAAAACUAGACCAAGG